AUGGUGGCGCACGGACAGCCAGCUGGAGGCCGCUCCUGGGCCGGCGUCGCGGCGGGCGGCAAGGCCAAAGGCAGCUGGAGCUACUGGGUCUGCUCCAGCGGCCAGUGCAGGGAGUGGAGCUGGUGCUCGCUCUGGAAGUGCCGCAGCUGCGGCCGAGUGGCCCCGCCGUGGGUCAAGGCAGCCCAGCCGCCCGCGGCUGCCGCUGGCCAGGAGCAGCCCGUCGCCGACGCCGAGGGCUUCGUCGUCCAACCUCGUAGGAGGAAAGCGAGGCGCCAGGCCAAGCGCACCGCUGCCCGCGCGGCCAGCGCGGGAGCCGCCAGUCUGGCAGGCGUCAGCGAGGCCAGCAGCGUGCAGCCGCCGGCCGUCGAGCGGCACCGCCAGGAGGUCAAGCGCAUCGAGGAUUUCCUCGCGGCCCCUGGCGAGUCCAUCGACGAGGUGUGCCUGCAGUCGCUGCGCUCGGCCCUCGACCGCGAGCGUCGCAGGCUCUCGGCAGCAGAGGCGGCGCUGGCGGAGCGCAGGAAGGCCGACGCCCCCCUGCCCAAGGCGCUCCACGGCGCUGGCAACGCCCUGGGGAAGCUGGUCAGGCAGGGGCGGGCCAAGGAGCAGGCGCCGCUCAAGGCUGAGGAGGCCCACGUGGCAGCCAUCGGAGAGCGUGAGGCAGCCAUCGCGCGUGAAGCCGCAUGCGCUGAGGCUGUUGAGGAGUGCCGAGAUGCUCUCGAGGCUCACCGUGAGGAGCAGAGAGCCGCAGAGGCCAGGCAGGCCAAGGAGGUCGGCGCGGCCUUCGUCGGCACGGACUUGCUCGGGAUGGUCUUCGGCCUCAUCCAGCAGGUCGAGGCCUUGCCCCAGGGUUUCGCCGCGGGCAACGGGGAGGCCGCCUUCGCGGAGGUCGCCAAGCAGAUUGCGGCGGUCCGCAGGCAUGCACCCCCCGAGGCCAGGGGGCGCUCUUCCUGGGCCGACACCCCCCUCGACGUCUCGGACGAGGACCUCGACGGAGAGGAGGAGGAGCGGGGCGCUGCCGAGCGCGGCCAGGCUGCACGGCGAGGAGAUGCGCACGGCGCAUGGCCCUCAGCCCAGCCGCUGGCGAGGGACCUGGCCAACGCUGGCGCAGCCCUCCUUGGCGACCAGCCGCUGGCGUCGGCUGCUGCUUGCCGUGCUGGUGCCGCUGACGAGCGGGUGGCCGAGACCCUCGACGGGCGCAGCCAAGCCAAGGUGUCAAGUAACCAGAGGGCGAGGAUGACGGCACAGGAGGCCUGCAUUGGCAAGGCUCGCCUCGGGCCGCAGCCCGCCCUUGAGCCGGGCCCUCGAAGACCUGGCCCCCUGCGCGCAGGCCUGGAGGUCCUGGGCUGCAACGGCAACGUCUGGAACAGGAGCGUCGAGGUCCUCGAGGCCUUCUUCCACGCCCACCAGUACUGGCCGCAGCUGGCUGUGGCCACGGGCCAGCCUGGCCCGAACGCCACGUCGGGCGGCGUCGCGAUCCUGGUGAGGGCUGGUCUCCAGGCAGAGGAAUCCGCAUGCCAGAUGCCUGCGGCCCUGCGCCACCGCCUCAUUGGCGUAGAGGUGACGGCGCCGUCGGGCCUCCGCCUCCUGGCCUUGGCUGGGCACUUCCAGCGCUGCUUGGGCCCGCGGGGGAUCAACCUUGACCUGUUCUCCUCGGUCGCGGACCUGGUGGCAUUCUCGCUCGACUUGCCCUGGGUCCUCCAGGCUGAUUUCAACAUGGAGCCCGAGCCCCUGCAGGAGCUGGGCUGGCCAGCAGCAGUUCGCGGUCACGUGCUCGGACCCUCCGAGGCGACUUGCUGCGCCCAGGGCUUGGAGCACGUCUACGACUGGUUCGUCGCGUCGUCCGACCUGGCCACGUGCACGGCGUCCUGCGCGACCACGCUCAACGACUUCGGGUUGCCCCCGCAUUCUCCUGUGCUGCUACGCCUCCAGGACGUCGGAUGCGACGCCCUGGUCGAGGUGCCCUCCCGUCCUGCUCGGUUUCCAGAUGUGGAGGUCAGAGGCUUGCGCUCCCGCGAGGACGCCCUGGCCCAGGCCUUCACUGUCGGCAAGCGCGGGAAGGUGUCGCCGAAGGAUGUUGCGUGGUCAUGGGCUCAGGGUUCGCGCCCGACCUGUCUCUCCGCAGCCUUCGGCGAGUGGAUCGAGGCGGCGGAGGGCGCUCUCACGGUCAUCCACGAGAUUGCGCCAGGCGGCCUGCCGCGCUUCCUCGGGCGAGCGGCAGGGCCCAAGACCAAGCGCAUGACCUUCAGCGCGCUGGUGCAGCGCGAGGCCAGGUUGAAGUACAGCAUGCUGACCCACCGCCUGAGAAGCUGCCUAGCGGUCGCCCUCCAGAGGCUUCGGGCUGAGCAGGCCAGCAGAUGGCACCCGAGCCACUCUUGGUGGUAUGAGCUGGAGGCGGCGGCGAGGGCGAAGCUCCUGGGUGAGGCGGCCCAGGAGGUGGCUGGUCUCCGGAGCGAGACCCUCCCUGGGGCCUCCGACGAGAAGUGGGGCGACCUCGCCUUCCACGCGGGGGUGAAGUGCUGCCCCACGGCGAUCGCCAAGCUGCAGUCGUGGCUCCUGGCGUCCCAGAGGCGCGAUGCCGAUGAAGGCGCGGCCGCUUGGCGCAGCUGGGCCCAGACGGCGGUGGAGAAAGGAGGCCGCCUGGCCCACCGCUUCUCCAAGGCGGCUCCCACGCCUGUGGUCAGGGACGCCGACACUGGGAGGCCGCUCGUCGGCAUGGACGCAGUGGGCCAGCUCACGCGCACGCGGCAGCGGCUCUGGUUCCAGGCCUUGCAGCAGGCGUGCAAGCGCGACGGCCCGUCUGUGGGGUUGGGCUGCGACAACCUGCAACCUCGCCAGCUCCUUCUGCUGCCAGUGGCGCUGCAGCUUCGCCUGAUCGACAUCCUCACGGCGUUCGAGGACGAGCCUUCUUCGAUCAAGGGACAGGCGGCCAGCCUGUUCCUGGACAUCCGCAAGUUCUACGAGCACGUGCGCCACGACGUCCUCUGGUCGUCCGCCCAGCGCCUCGGCUUCAACCUGAAGCUGCUGCGCGGCCUCCUCGCCAUCUCGUGUGCGACGGCGGUUGCUAAGCUACCCCUUCUCGGAGGCCUACUCGCAUCUGGGGCGCAGCGGCCUCUGGCCACCCUGCGCAACUUAGUGGACGACGUCUCGCUCCAAGCUGUCGGCUCGGCGAGGCUGGUGGUGGACCAGCUCGUGGGGGCCAGUGGUGAAGUGCUGCGACACCUGCGGGACCGCCACCUCCCGCUCAAUGAGGGCAAGUCCGUGUUCCUGGCCUCGUCGGCACAGGUGGCGGACGGCCUCGCCGCCAGCUGGGCAGCCCUCGGCUUCGAGGUCAAGCGCUGCCCCCAGGCCCGCAAUCUGGGCACCGACGCCAACGUGACCCGCAGGGGGGUUCAUGAGGGAGGCGCCCGCGCUGUGGGAGGCUUCUCCCGUGCCAGGCGGCUGAGAACCCUGGGCUCGGCGGGGGCCGCGGUGGUGCACAUGCGCCGCGCUGGCCCAACCGCCGCCGUGGUGCGGGGCAGGGCGAUCGAGGUGCAGCUCUCCGCUGACCUGGACCCGAGCCCUGCCCUGGUCCGUGCCGCGGUGCAGAUGGCAGCCAGCCUCCUCCAGUCGGGAGAGGUGCCCCGGAUGAUGUUCGCUACCUGCCUGGAUGAGGCCGAGCGCAGGCACGGCAGCGCCGGGGCGCCCUGGGUGAACUGCAAGAACCCCGUCGGCGCCCUGGCCCUCUCUCUGUUGCGGGUUGGGUGGCGCCUCUCGGCUGGGCACAUCAUGCACACCGACGACGGCCACGCCUUGGACAUUCUGAUCAUGGGCCCCCGCGAGCUCGGACUGCUGGCUGCGGCAGGUGAUCGCAGGGCCUCCGACAGGGCUGAGAUGGCGCGGCUUGGGCACGGUGCCGCCCCCGCCAUGCCCUUGUUCUGGGACGCACUCGGCCAGGUCAUCGGCCCGCGCGGCAAGUUCAGCUGCAGGGAGAAGGCCGCGUUGGUGAGCUACCUGUCCAACGCCCACUGGCCGCAGGCGGCGGUGCACGGCACGGACUUGUGCCCUUUCCAGACGGCGAAGGACGGCGAGGACUUCGCGGUCUGGAUGUUGAGCCGCUACCUCGGGCCUUCGAUCAUCGAGAUCAACAUCGACUGUGCGUCCACAGCCAGCUGCUUGAAGCUCGGCAGGAAGUAUGCGACGGCGGCCAACAAGCCCAAUGCCCACCUGUGGUCGGCCGUCUACGCCUCGCUAGACGUCGACUCGCUCAUCGUGAACAAGGUUGAGGCCCACUGCACCGAGAUCGAUGUUCGCGAGGGCAGGAUCUCGGAGGGUCAGUGGCUCGGGAACGCCCACGCCGACAGGCUGGCGAAGGCGGGAGCGGCCGUCCACAGGGUCAGUGCGACUGCCAGGCGCGAGUUCUUCGGCACGAUGGAGGUCGUGAGAGAGCUCUCCAGGUGGAUCGCGCAGGUCUCGAUCGUCUGGCAGGGCAGGGCCUCCAAGGACUGCGAGGGCCUCUCCGUGUGCGACGAGCGGAGGACGGCUGUCACCUUCGCGGCCCCGCUGGAGGAGCGCGCUGACGGCCUGCGGGCGGCUCCCGCGGGCGAGUCGGACGCCGCGCCCGCCGCCGUGGAGGCCCGCGGGGGGCAGGCAGGCAGCCGCCCCGCCGCUGCUGGCGCCUGGGCCUCGGCGGCACGCGACGGCGGAGUCGCGCUGGGCGCCCUGGUCUUCGCCGUCGCUGGCCACGCCCUCGCGUAUGCCAAGUGCGGCGAGGACGGCGACGAGCAGGAGGCCGAGGUGCCGCAGGACGCCAGGGUGCGCUUCCUGAAGUGGCUCGGCGUUCAGCCUGAUGCACCAGCAGGCGCCGCGAGCAGCGCCUCGGUGGCCGACGCUGAUGGGUGCGGCGCUGGCGGCGCGGCCUCCUCUUCGGCUGAGGUGCCCGCUGCGGCUGGUGGCACCGCGGCAGGGGCGGGAUCGCGGAAGGCCUGGCUGGAUGCUUAUGGCCUCGACGAGGAGAGCCUGCUGAGCUGGGCAGAGGAGGCCGAGGAGGCCCGACUCGAGCGCCAGAGCAAGAAGCGAUGCAGAGAUGACGGAGAUGGAGGUGAUUGA